GUCCCUCCCUUGGCAGCCGCGCCAUGGGAACGGCUUGGCGGGGGGCCAACACCGAGGACCGCGCGGCGCGGAGGUCGCGGCGCAGAAAUGUGGGGCCGGGCCAGGGUCCCCGCUGGCUCGGAGUAGAUUGGGCUGUGCCCCUCGCCCGCGCCUCCGCGCACCCGUCUUCGAGCGCGGGCACGGCGGGUCCAGGGCAAGUCGUUAUUUCCCGACACUCCUUCCCGGGCAGCCGCGCGGGAUCUUUGUUACUUAAUCCAGAAUCGAAAAGAAGGUGCGGCGCCCCUCGCCCGCGUCCCUGCAAUGGAGGUGCUGCGGCGCUCCUCGGUUUUCGCCGCGGAGAUCAUGGACGCCUUUGACCGCUCGCCCACCGACAAGGAGCUGGUGGCUCAGGCUAAGGCGCUUGGCCGGGAGUUCGUGCACGCGCGGCUGCUGCGCGCCGGCCUAGUUUGGAGCGCGCCCGAGCGCGUCCCUCCCGCCCCAGGCGGCCGCCUGGCAGAGGUGUGCACCGUGCUGCUGCGCUUGGGGGACGAGCUGGAGCUGAUUCGGCCCAGCAUCUAUCGCAACGUGGCCCGCCAGCUGAGCCUCUCCCUGCAGUCUGAGAGCGCAGUGACUGAAGCCUUUCUGGCUGUGGCCGCCCAGAUCUUCGUUGCAGGCAUCACGUGGGGCAAGGUGGUGUCCCUGUACUUGGUGGCCGCCGGGCUGGCCGCGGACUGUGUGCGGCAGGCGCAGCCGGCCUUGGUCCACGCCCUGGUCGACUGCCUGGGGGAGUUCGUGCGCAAGACCCUGGCGACCUGGCUGCGCAGACAGGGCGGAUGGACCGACGUCCUCAAGUGCGUGGUCAGCAGCGAACCGGGCUUCCGCUCCCACUGGCUCGUGGCCGCACUCUGCGGCUUCGGCCGCUUCCUGAAGGCUGCCUUCUUCGUGCUGCUGUCCGACAGAUGAGCCCCGGUCCUGGACCCUUCGGCCCUCGGCUGAAGGACCGCCCUCCUCCCCCUGAGUCCCUCCUGUGCUCACCCAGGCCCUCAGGAAUGCCCGGAGCUGGCCGGCAGCGCCGCCCCGUGCCCCUGCCCCAUGCACCCCACAAGGUCUGGGCUGCCUCCCAGGCCCAAAGGAAGGCAGCUGGGAGCACCAAGCCCCCAUUGGAUGCCAGGGUCCCGUCCGAAAAGGGGGACCAUGUCAGGACCUGAGCCAGGAGGCGGCUGGGCCUGCCGAGGCCAGAGGAGCCGUGAAGCCUCACUGGCCCCAGAGACCGGCACAGGCUCACAGGCCGUCGCUGGGACAGUGUCCUUGCCUGUGGCCGAGUCCUGGGUGGCACAAGGACCUGGGAGGGCACCGGCCCUGACCAACAAGGACAGGGUGUGUGUCUGAGUCCAAUAAAGUGUAACGGCCACUGA